AUGGUCCAUGGACCGCAAAAGACCGGUCCUAGGUGGUCCGGUUCGGUUCCCUCAAUAUCUGGGGCAAAAAACCGGACUGAACUGGACCUGCGAACACUACUCCCAACCACCUCCCUGCGAACACUACUCCCAACCACCUCUGCACACACUAAUGAUGACGAUGAUGUGGCCAUGGAUGAAACACUGACAACGCAAGUCGUUGUCACUGCACACUUCAAUCCAGUCAACGUCCAGGAGGGCAAUGUCGCCAUAGCCUAUGUUGACGAUGACCUGAACAUUGUUGUUUCAUGGCUGCCUGACCCCUACAAAGACCGGUCUAGACCAGUCGCAAACCGGUUAAGACCAGGACUGGUUAAAACCAGUCUUGUAACUGCAAAAGACCGCAAAAGACCGGUCUGUUGCAGUUCGGUCUGGUUUUUUGAACUUUCUCGAAUUGGGAGGACUGGUUACGGUUACGGUCUAAGGCACUGGGCACCAAAAGACCGGACUGGACCGGACUUUCAAACACUACCUCUGCCCUCCCAGACUAUUAUCAUGCCUAACAACCCCUCGAUCUUGUCUUAUCCUGACACCAUCUCUGCAGGGCAUUCAGUAGAUACACUAUGGAACCAUAACAAUAGAAAUUGA